CCUUCACCAAGCUACAUUUUGCCUAGUGACAUUGAUAAAGACUUAAAAACAGUUAUAAAACCACUCUUGCAUGCUACGGGAGCUCCGUGCGAUGCAGCCCUUAACAACAAAGAACCGAUAGUCACUAGAACUGCUAAGACACUUUUAUGAACAAUGUUUCAUUGCGACCACCAACCUAAGCCCCAUAAAUAUAUAAGCAAACGAACACCCUGUUACCGCAAAGACUCCCCCAGAAUCUUGCCGCGAAGCCCCAACACCCAGACGCCGAAAAGAUACAACAUUCCCAAGCCCAGAAAAGCGUUGUUCGCCCGCUCAACCACACACAAUCUCCAGCGCUCCAUACGACUGCACCGGCGGCGACGCGCACCCGACCGUGCUGCCCGCCACCACGCCGUCGAACGGGAACCCGUGGAAUUGGUUCUGCAGCGUCAAGCCGCAGCCCUGCUGCGAGAAGAUCUGGAUGUAGCACCCGGCGGUGCCGGUCUUGGGGUUCGCGGUCAUGGAGGCGGUGAAUGCGCCGCCGAAGGGGACGUUGACGAUGACGCACUGGUUUUCGGUCACGUUGACGACUUUGGCGGUGCCCGCGCUGCCGUCUUUGGGAGGGGGGGCAUCGGGGGAGGCGCAGGUGUAUGGGCCCGAGUAGAUUGUUACUUGGGCGGAUGCAGGGCCGCCGGUGGGUUUGGCUCGUUUCUCUACUGCUGGGACAGCGAAGGCAGUGCUGACGAGAGCUGUGGUGGCGAUGAGGAAGUUGGUGAGCUGCAUUUUGGUGAAGUGUUGACGAGUGUUUGGUUUCGAUGGAGGAAAAUGGUAAGAACUUGUGAUGGAGAAUUUGAUAGUCAGGACGUGUGAAGAUAUGAGAAUGAGUUUGAAUGAUAUUCUUUUGGUCAGUCACUUUGGGAUACUUAUA